GUAGCUCCAUCUAAAUCUCCCUUUCAUGCUUUGUUAUCCUUCAAAUCAAUGUCGUUUCUUCUUCUUCUCCUUCUUCUCCUCCUCUCCUCCCACUCCUCGCGACCCCACAUGACUUAAAGCUGUCUCGACGGCAUCUUCUUGCAUAUGCUCAUCUUCUCUUCCAUCCGCAUCCCAACGGCCUGGCUCACCUGGCAACUGUGAAUCCUUGCUGCUUUCACAUAAAGAAAACCUUCUGCCGCUACCGCCGAGUCUUUGCCAUCGCACGCCCAUAUCUCGCCUCAACCCACACCCACGCGCAUGUAGCCAUCAACAACGAGGACUCGACAGGAGAGUCAAAAGUAGACACGGCACCGCGUCUCGCCUGCUGUUUCCUUAAACCGAAUCAACUUCGUCAUCGUCAAAUCCCUACCUAACAAGCAGCGGGUAACCACCUUCGUACGAACCAGCACAUUGCUGCCAAAUCCGUCUCUUGCCUGUGCCUGUCCGCCUUCCCCUUCAUUCCUUGCCGCCAACACCUUCCUGGUCCUGGCCCUGCUUCUUUCCCGCUGCAGUCUCUUCUUUCUUCACCGACUGUCAUCGUUCUCGCGUUAGUCUACGGAUAUAUUAGGCAUCUGCCUGACCAUGACAGAAACUCAACAUCUCUUCCCCAACCGCUUCGUCUUCUACUCACGACUACCUGCACCCCCGUCAUCACCAUUCUCUCUACUUUUCUCCUCAACGUCCGGUUAUACCCGUCUGUCUUUGCCGUAAACCAAAGCCCUGCCUGGAACGAGUUCUUCUUCACGCCCGCACAAGCACCCAUUUGCCCAGUCACUGCAUAAGUGCUCCUGGAACAUCGUCUGAAACCUCGACCUGAUCCGGAACCUUCUCCACCGACACGCUGCCCUUCUCUGCACCAGAAGCCGUACGGCAGACAACCCAGAGUUCAAACGGACAUCUACAGUUCUUAAAUCAGCAAGAUGGCGCCUAGUGUUGUUGGCCCAGUUGUGGGUGCUACCACGGCAUCUGCUGCCCACCACACCCAUCACAUCGACUACCACGCUCCAGUCACGGACGUUCCUGGUCUCCCCACUGGAUUUCCCGAGACAGUGGUCAACGAAUCGGCCUGGACCGGCCCGCAAUUCACUAAGGAGUCGCAGUACACCUACAACCUCACUAAUGCGGACCUUUUGGAGCUUGCCGCGGCUCUCGCGCACUUCAAAGAUCUCGGCCUUGAUGGUGAUGUAGUCAACAAGGACAACUUCCCUCUGCCUACCCUUGGCGCCGCUCUUGAUUGCAUUGCCCGGGAUGUCCAUCAAGGCAAGGGCUUCGCCGUAGUCCGCGGCAUUGAUCCGCAGAAGCACUCGGUUGAGGAUCUCACAGUACUUUAUCUUGGCAUUCAGGGGUAUAUUGCCAACCAGCGUGGCCGUCAAGACAAGAAGGGAAACAUGCUCGUCCACAUUGUUGCCGACAACACCACUCAAGCCAAGGCUGAUCAUCAUCGCCAUUCCACAUCAGCCAUUACCUUCCACAACGAGGAGUCAGGUGACGUUGUCAGUUGGCUGACACGGAAUACCGCUGCGGCUGGUGGCAAGUGCAUCAUUGCUUCUGCCCACACCGUCUACAACAUUCUCGCGGCCACUCGGCCGGACAUCAUCCGCACUUUGUCUCGUUCAGAUUGGCCCUUUGCCCUGCCCAAAUUUCAGUGCCGCCCAAUUCUUUUCCACCACGAUGGAAAGAUCAUAAUCAACUUCGGACGUACUCCCCUGAUGGGAAAUCCCACCCAUCCCCGUCCAGCGCAUUUCCCGUCUUUGACCCAUCGUCAAAUCGAGGCUCUCGAUGCAGUCGAGGCUAUUGCCAGAGCGACUCAAAUGGAGAUCCAGACUCGUGCUGGGGACAUUCACUUCAUCAACAACUUAGCCAUCCUUCAUCGCCGUGAAGCAUUCGUCAACGGCCAAGGCCCUGACGAGAGGCGCCAUCUCGUCCGCAUGCGCGUGCGAAGCGAGAGCCUGGGCUGGUCCAUUCCAGCCGAGCUCCAACGCGAGUGGUUUGACGCAUUCGAGAAGCCUGCCGACCGCGUUUGGCACCUAGAGCCUAUGCCUGACGCGUUCUUCCCCCUCCGGAAGUAUCCCAACUGACGACGAAUAUGUUUUUUCUUCACUAUUUCGACGAACAGCCAUGGAGUUGAGGCGUCUUGGUUGCAUUACCUGGACUUACAUUGUUUAAUCCUGGCGGGCUGGGCUCCUGGCAUGGGAAUGACUACUGCAUAAUUUCUUUCUUGCUUUUUCCCUCACCGCACCUUAUUACCCCUGUUGCAGCAAAAAGUUUAUUGUUUCUUUUCCUUGUCAUAAGCAGAACGCUAUGGAGUCCAUGGGAGUUCACACAGACACAGUAGAAAACGGCUAGGAAAAAGCAUGCAUACAUGGAAGGUUGUCAAAUGCGGCGCCAACAGACGUAAUACACAACCGUACGUCUUAACCAAAGAUUCUAUCCAGUAAUGCUUUUACUGAGCCGAUAUCAAUCAUUCAUCAGGUGCUUAUCUGGGUGACGGCU